AUGUUGAAACAAAGACAUAUACGUCAUGCUAUUGGUAUAGUACUAUUGGCGUUGAUACUACGGAAAGUCAUCAUUGGACAUAAUGCUAUGAGCUAUGUCGCUGAAUAUAAACAUCAGAUUCUGACAGAAAAAAUGGUAAUUUUUAACUUUCGUAAAAUUACUAGAGUAAUUACCACUUUAUUUACGUAUUUGCAAUAUUAAUUGUAAAUGAUGUAUUAAAAUGCAAUUUUUAAUGUUUUAAAAUUUUUUAUUCAGACAUCAGACGCCGCCUUUAUAUUAAGUGUAGCAUCGCUUUCUGAAGAAAAGCCGGCUCUAAUUCUGAUUCUGAAUCAGCACGCUUUGAAUAUGACAUUGAAUUGGUUGUGUAACACUGUUAUGAUGCCGGAAGUGCACGAGAGAGCUGUGAUAGUGACAUUGGACGAGGAGAGUGACAUUAAAUUGGCCCAAUUAUGGCCGAACGUUAAGAGGUUGCACUGGAGGGUAGAUGGGCUGGCAGAUCCUUUCAACUACGGCGACGGAAAGUACCAGUUGUUCUACUUGUUCAGGGCCAACUUGGCCAGGGCUUUUUUGCACUUUGGGAAGCCAUUUUGGAUGAUACAACAGGUUUGAGUUUGAUGUUACUUGAUAUUGUUAUAGGCAGUUUUAAAAAGUUUUUUCUAACUUCUUGAGAUACAGUACGAAGUUAAAAUUACUAUGAUUCCAAUAGGUUUAUUUAUUAUUAUACUUCCUUAUAUGGUUAUUUUAGGACACAUUCUGGCGGAAAAGUUUACUGGAGUUGCCAUCGUAUCUUCUCAACGAUAGUUAUGACAUUGUAUUUGACAGAGCAGCUGAUACGAAAGGUUCUUUGAUUGCCGGAGGGUAUUAUCUAGCCAAUGCUAACAAUGGCACCAGAAACUACUUUAACAAGUUGGCUACAGACUUGGAAUGGUCGUAUGUACCUGACAAUACCUAUAUGACUACACUGUGUUCGAUGGAAGACCUGGCUAAUUGUGGGCAGUUACCUUUUAGGUAUGGUACUUUAAAACAUAUUAUUUUAAAGUUUUUUUGGAGUAUUAGUGUUGCAUAUUAUAGAGGUAUUACAUUUUAAUGUUGUAAAGUACUUCUUUUGGUAUGUUAAUAUAGUUAAGUAUUGUCUUUUUCACACUUUUAGUACUGUAACUAACUGGAUUUGGUUACACGAACCUUCGAGAAUGAAAGGUGUUGAUGUUCCAUGGCUAGUCCAGUUUGAUGGUGAUACUAGACUAGGUGGAAAACUAGCUAAAAUGAGGUCAUUGGGGUUCUACUUCUUGAAAAAUGAUGGUAUUACUUGUUCGGAGACUUCAGUAAUUGUAAGUUUUGUAAACUGUCACUUUUAAUAUAUUACACAGUACAAACUGUGACUAUGUUACUCUCUCUUACUAUAACAUCUACAGUAAAAUUACUUUUGAAUAUGUUAUACUUUACAUAUCUAUAUCACAUAUAUAUGCAUAUACUCCUUCAGAAGGCCCAGAAACGGGUAGUCAAGUGGUCAGGUGUUAGUGGAUCCAUAGACGCGACUGACAUUCGCUCUUACUCUCAUUUACAAUUCGGUCUUUACCAGGCCAUUGUCGAUGUGUUGUAUCAAUUCAGCUGGACCGAAAGCCUGCUUCACAAUGUCAUAUUUCCGUAUGCACAUUACUUUAUGAUUACUCUGUAA